AGUGACUAGGCAAUUAGACACAGAAAAUGAUGCUCUUUCUACUCGUAACCCUACCUAUCAUUCUCAUUUUCCUUCUUCCUAAAGCCAGAAAGGGUGGAAGAAACACACUGCCACCAGGUCCUGUUGGUCUACCAUUCAUUGGAAAUUUGCAUCAAUAUGAUACUUUAACCCCUCAUAUCUAUUUUUGGAAACUUUCAAAGAAAUAUGGAGAAAUCUUCUCAUUGAAACUUGCUUCUGCUCAAAUGGUUGUAGUUUCUUCAAAAAACUUAGCCAAAGAAGUACUCAAGACACAAGAUUUAAUAUAUUGUAGUAGACCUUCUAUUCUCAGUCAGCAAAAAUUAUCUUAUAAUGGUCGUGACAUAGUCUUUUCACCUUAUAAUGACUAUUGGAGAGAAAUGAGAAAAUUUUGUGUGCUUCAUCUAUUUAGUCUCAAGAAAGUACAAUUAUAUAGUCCAAUUCGUGAAGAUGAAGUAUCAAGAAUGAUCAAGAAAAUAUUUCAACAAGCUGCCACUUCACAAAUAAUAAAUUUGAGCAAUUCAAUGAUUUCACUAACUAGUACGAUUAUCUGCAGAGUUGCUUUUGGUGUUAGGUUUGAUGAAGAAGCACAUGAAAGAAAGAGAUUUGAUUAUCUUUUGGCUGAAGCACAAGCUUUGGUGGCUAGCCUUUUUGUGUCUGACUUUUUUCCUUCUUUAAGUUGGAUUGAUAAACUUACUGGAUUGACAAAUAGACUUGAGAGGAAUUUCAAGAACUUGGAUGAGUUUUAUGAAGUACUUAUUGAGCAGCAUCAGGAUCCCAAUAGGCCAAAAUCCAUGGAAGGAGAUAUUGUUGAUCUUUUGCUUCAAUUGAAGAAAGAGAAAUCAACACCAAUUAAUCUCACUUUGGAAGACAUAAAAGGACUUCUAAUGAAUGUAUUAAUUGCUGGAUCAGACACUAGUGCAGCUGCAAUAGUAUGGGCAAUGACAGCUUUGAUGAAGAAUCCAAAAGUCAUGAAGAAAGUUCAAGAAGAAAUCAGAACUUCAAUUGGGAACAAAGGCAUUGUGAAUGAAGAUGAUAUCCAAAAUAUGUCUUAUCUGAAAGCAGUUAUAAAAGAGACAUUUAGAUUGUAUCCACCGGUUCCACUGCUAGUGCCAAGAGUAUCAAUGGAUAAAUCCACACUAGAAGGGUAUGAAAUUCAGCCAGGAACAAUAAUUCAUGUUAACUCAUGGGCAAUUGCAAGAGAUCCUGAAAUAUGGGAAAAUCCAGAAGAAUUUAUACCUGAGAGAUUCUUGAAUAAUGAUAUUGAUUUCAAGGGACAAGACUAUGAGCUAAUUCCUUUUGGAGCAGGACGAAGAGGGUGCCCAGGAAUUACACUUGGGGUUGCUUCCACAGAACUUGCAUUGUCAAAUCUUCUUUACGCAUUUGACUGGGAGUUACCUUGUGGGAUGAAAAAAGAGGAUAUUGACACAAAUGUUAGGCCUGGAAUUACGAUGCAUAAGAAAAAUGAGCUUUUCCUUAUCCCUAAAAGUUAUUUCUAGAUUACAGUCAAACGUGAAUCUAAGUUUUGCUCUGGAAAUCUAGGCCCGAUGAAUCUGCUUGCCCAUAUGCCCACAUUGGUAGAAGCACACCUUCUUGGUUUGAGUUGGGGUCAUUUGCACUUUUGUCUCUACUUUGUGCUGGUCUUUAAUUUUUAUCCUUCAAAUGGAUUGGUCUUUAUUUUUUGUCCUUCAAACUCGAAUUUAUGCUUCAAACUCGAAUUUUUUGUCUUUAAUUCUGUAAGUUUAAUUGUACUUGUUAUUAUUUAAGUUUGAACUAUGUAUGUAGUUGUACAAAAAAGUAACGUGUAUACACAUA